AUGUCGUCCUAUCGUCGAAACCCCAGCGAGUCGGAUGAGAUCACUCCCAUUCGAACGGCAGACGGACAGUCAGAUCGGCGGUAUAACACUACUGAAGAGGGGACCCCCCAAAGCACCCUCGGGUCCUCGACAUUAGGCUCCUCGACCCUCGCAGGCUCCGGCCAGGAGGAGGAACAAGAUGGUGGGCAGAAAGACUCCAAAGACUCCUGGACACGGCGAUUGCUGAAGAAGAUUCCCGAGAAAUAUGGUUCUGUGACACUGGAGAAUAAGGGAUCCGUGGCCCGGGACCAUCUUGCUUUGGAGAGAACCUUCCUCGCCUGGCUGAGGACCAGCCUAGCCUUUGCGAGCAUCGGCAUCGCCAUCACUCAGCUCUUUCGCCUCAACACGACAAUUCAGAGCCGCAGCGAGUCACUCAGCACGCGACAGAUAAUACCCUUUUCACCACUUGUUGGACACUCGAUGCCGGCCGAGCUGUUGCCAUUUCUUCAACAGAUCGCCGCGUCGGUUGCCUCAACGCCCUCAGCGACACCUACUCUAGGCCCUACGCUCCUCGAUCAAUUGCUCCUCCUUCCUCCGCGCGAUAUCAGCGACCCUGAUGCCUCUAAUGACUACUCGGGCGACACCAGCGUCGAUGUCACUGCAUUCAACAAUGGUGCCGCCACGAAACUGCGCCAUGUUGGAAAGCCGCUUGGAGCAACAUUCAUUGCCAUCUCGAUUGUCAUCUUGUUCAUCGGCUUCCACCGCUACUUCGAGGCUCAGCACUGGAUCAUACGCGGCAAAUUCCCCGCAAGUCGGGGCAGCAUUUUCGCCGUCUCAUUUAUCACAGGAUCCCUCAUCAUCGCGAGUUUCGUCUUGGUGCUCGCUAUAUCAUCGACCAGUUAUGAGAAGAAAAAGUAA